AUGGCACCCGACCCUCAGGAUUCCUUACACGUCGACACUGCCUCCGCCUCGGCGCCUGUAGGAGCUGCUUCAGCAGCAGCAGCAGUAGCAGCAGCAUCUUCGCCUGGCCUGGCUCAUCGCGAGCGCACAAAAGCCGACUUCGAGAAGUAUGUCUUGGACCAAUAUGUCAAUCGCGAUCUUGUUCAUACGGCCUCCAUAGUCGCCGACCAGGAUAGCCGAGCAAAGCAAUACACCCACAUGAAGAGCGAGAUAGACGAUUACAGGAAGGUCCGAACUGACUUUCGACAAUGGUUUCCCCUCAGUCGCCUGUAUGGCGAGGGCUACAAUGGCUAUGGCAACGGCCACACGGAUGGCCCAACCAAAGUUGUAUAUCCAGGCGCGAAACCGAGGCUGGGUCACAAGAAGACUCGUCAAUUGCGCGUCAAGCGCAAGGACAUGGCUCAGCAGGCAGAAGCUGUGGAAGAGUUGGUGCCAAUACGGCUGGAUGUGGAUUAUGACAAGAUCAAGCUUCGAGAUACUUUUACAUGGAACCUGCACGAUCGUACAGUCCCACCAGAUCUUUUCGCUGCCCAACUAGUUGAAGAUUUAGGCUUGGUCACUCCAGCAGCGAAUCCAGUACUCGAACAAGUUCAGCAGCAACUGCACGAGCAGCUCACCGACUUCUACCCUCAGGUGUAUUUUGAGGAAGAUGCUCUUGAUCCCGAGUUGCCAUACUCAGCCUACAAAAAUGAAGAAAUGCGAAUAGUCAUCAAACUCAAUAUCACCAUUGGCCCUACAACGCUGGAAGACAAGUUUGAAUGGGAGCUCAAUAAUCCCUUGAACUCGCCCGAGGAGUUUGCACAGAGCAUGUCCAGAGAAAUGUCGCUGGCAGGAGAAUUUACCACUGCGAUUGCGCAUUGCAUACGAGAACAGUGCCAGCUGUUCACCAGGAGUUUAUACAUUGUUGGACAUCCGUUUGAUGGCCGACCUUUAGAGGAUGCAGAUUUGAUUAAUUCGUUUUGUCAGACCCCCAUUACGACUGCCCUUCGACCGCAGCAACAAGCUAGGGAAUAUGCACCCUACUUAUAUGAGAUGACUGAGGCCGAUCUAGAGAGGAGCGAAGUCAUAUACUCCAGAGAGCAGAGGAGACAAAAGCGAUCAGUGAACAGAAGAGGAGGUCCCACUUUACCAGAUCUCAAGGAUAGACAACGAACUGUACGCACUUUAAUUGUCUCGUCGGUACUUCCCGGGGCUGCAGAUACGAUAGAAGAGAGCCGGAUAUAUAAGAGAGUGGGUGGUACCUCGGGGCGAGGGAAACGUGCAGCUGGGAAAGGAGAUGGAGAUCUUUCCGAGUCAUCGGACAGCGAUGAUUCAUCUCCAGAAACUCCUGCUAUGUCCAAUCUACUCUCAGGUACUGCUAGAACGAGAGGUAUGCGAGGAGCCGCCACAGCCGCGCAACAGAGAAUGGCGAAUAUUGGAAGGUCUGAAACGCCCGAGGCAGCGAUAAUGCAUCACCAUGAGACAAGAACUUCUGCCAGAAGAUUUGUGGGUCGCGACGCCCGUGAAGAGAGCUUGGAUAGUCCGACAAUGGUUAUCAAACUGAAAAUUGGAAAGGACAAAUUAAGGAAACUUGUACGGGAGCUCAAGGCCGGCAACCGUCCUUCGAAUAUACAGCAGACACCAUCGUUCAAAAGCUCACAGUCAGCUCGUGGUACGCCAGUUCCGGGCUCGAUGGGGCCCCCUUCAACUCCUGGGACACAGAACCAGCAACUGCAGCCUUCGACAACUCCUGGGACACAGGUUCAAAUAGGUCGAGUCGAUGCUCCACCACCGCCUGCUCCAGGCCAACCUGCUCAUGCACCACCUCCACCUCCAAGUUGGCUCACGGAAGGCCUAACAACUCUCCUCACUACAUAUCCUUCGGACCGUUUUGAGGGUGUAAUGCGGUACUCGCCGGUCAAUUCCACGACCGAAAUGCCCUGUCCAGCACCACCAGCAGGGCAACCUACUCCAGAAGGAAUAAAAUGGAUGUAUCUGCCCCGGAUACGGUGUCACGAUUGUCCUGGCAAGUUGUAUACCCCAGGUCCGGAGACCACGGUAGGCAAUUUCGAAGUGCAUUUGAAGAAUCGGCAACAUCGCGAGAGAGUAGAGGCUAGAUCGGCGACGAACCAAGGCGCAAGUGCAAGUGAUGGCGGGGGGUUUUAG